CUCAGAGUGAACUCCCCCUUCCUCUGUAAUAUCAUGCAAGGCUCAUCUAUAAUAUCUUGUUCUGCACUUCUCUCUCAGGAUACAUAAUGACUACCAACUCAAAUAUGGACUGCAUCAAUAUCACUCAGACAGUUGGGAAGAGUAAUAGCACCAAUGUCAGCAGUGUGUUUACAUGCCAGGUUUUGCCUGUACUCUACACUGUCAUCUGCGUUUGUGCGGUCAUUGUCAAUGGACUUGCUGCCUGGAUCUUCUUUAGGGUUCCCAGCUCCUCAGUCUUGGUGGUUUACCUAAAAAACAUGGUGAUGGCAGAUGUCCUGAUGCUAUUCACCUACCCCUGGCGUGUGGCGAGUGACCUGGGUUAUGGUGGCUUGCUGUUGAAACUGAUAGUUUGUCGCUACACUGCUGUACUAUUCUACCUCAGCAUGUACACAGGAAUUAUAUUUAUGAGCCUCAUCAGUUUGGAACGUUACUUCAAAAUUGUCCGCAGCACGUCUAGCGUGUCUUCCCUUUUGCAGCGUGUUCCAGCUGGAAAAGCUAUUGCGGUGCUAUCUUGGGCUGUGAUGGUGUUUUGUAUGCUGCCAAACGCAAUUUUAACAAACCAGCCCAUUCAGAAGGAUUUUUCCUGCAUGGGCCGAAAAAGUCCACUAGGGCGGCGCUGGCAUGAUAUUUCAGCCCACUUCACCGUUGGAGUCUUUUGGGUGGCUCUCCUAUUAAUGGUGUUUUGCUAUACCUCCAUCGCUUGUCACGUGUACCGCUCAUACAAAAGGGUGCAAAAAGACAGCAGUGAAGCAGGACGACGGUCAAAUCGAAGCAUCUUCAGCUUGCUGGCAGUGUUUGUCUUUUGCUUUGUACCUUACCAUGUUUGCCGUGUGCCCUACACACUUAGCCAAAGGCCUCAGGCAGGGUAUAGUGGGCAGAACCGCUUCAUUCUCUUCCAAAUGAAAGAAGCCACACUUUUCCUGUCUGCUCUUAAUGUUUGCCUAGACCCCAUCAUUUACUUUUUCAUGUGUAAGACAUUCAGAGAAUCACUGCUACAGAAGAUGUCUUCUGUAAAAAUUGAAAACAGGAGGACUUUCAUAGGAACUGGGCUGAGUAUCAGCAAUCUGUGAGAGAAGGAGAGAGAGAGAGAGAGAGAGAGAGAUAGAGAGAGAGAGGAAGGAAACUAUGGUUUGUAUAAGAUUCAAAACCACAUAUAUGAUUUCCUUGCAUGCAAAAAUGCAGCAUGACACCCAAAAUAUUGCUGGUGUACAAAUUUGUUUCAAGGCAGUUAACCACAAAACCAAAAGUUAACCAGAGUUUAGAAAAACAUUUGCUGGCAAAAAAAACAUCAACAUUUAAAGGUAUAGUUUACCCAAAAAUAACAAUUCUACAGCCUAAUCUCAUGAAAAUUGCGUUAUUGUGAAAACAAAAUUAUAUUAUGUGGUUCAUGACAGGUACAGUAUAUCGCAGCAGUCCUGAGGAGAAAUAUCCACUGUGUGCCGCUAAAGCAAGCUAAAUGUUCUCUCAAACCGAUUAGGUUUUUAAGGUUAAUGCUCUAUUAAGUUUUAAAUCAACAAAAUCGACCACCCUAAUCUAAACCUUAAACCUAAACCUUACCAAUAGUGUCAUUAAAGAAAAUGUGAGAUAAAAACUGCAAUUGCUGAAGUGACCAAAUCAUUUUAUGGUCCUUAUGACACUUUCAGCUCAUGAGUCAACUUGCAUGCUCAGUGGGACUCAUACUCUGGUCAUUUGCAUCACAAAUGCAAAGCUCUAUCAGUUGAGCUACUGCACAAUUUAAUCACAUUUGAACAAGCUUGUAAAUGUAGUUAGUUAGUUAAAUGUUAGUUAGUGUAAUGGACCCUUUUCACAGACCAGUUAUGAUGCGUUCUGCCUUCUUUAACAACGUUAAUGUAGCAAACUUUUUUAUAUUUCCAAUUUUACAAAUAUUUAGUGUAAAUUUAUAACAUUGCACUUUGUAUUGUAUUACCCUGGAAUAAGUUUUAAAAAAUCAGUUACCAUAGCUGCGAUGAGGCUUCUAACACAGCUGCUGUGGGAGUGACUUAAAAUUUGGCCUGUUUCUCUCUUCUUACUGCUUUUAUCCAGCGCUCAAUAUUUUUUAUCUUCUUUUGCAAAGAUGUGAAAGUGUAGUUGUUGAAUUUUUUUUCUUUUGCUGUUGGAGCAAAUGGGUAAGCAAAAAUUUGAUUUGCUUGGUACCCCAUUCACCGCCAUUCAAGUUUAUCCAACUAUAAUGACUUCCGCUUUUGUGGACGUGUGAAAAGGGUCCAUGAAAACACAUUACAAUUCAUCAUGCUACAUUACAUUUUUUUAGAUGUCAUAAGACGGCAUUGUGUGAGAAACAAUGUGAAAAGUGUUUAUGAACUAAUAAUCUGCCAUUUUACUUACAGGGAAUUGCCAUAAUAAAACAUGCAACAAUAUUAAAGUGAUUCUAUAAGAUCAGGUUGCAGUUCUGUCAUUACUCAUCCUGUCAU